CAUGAAGUUGGUUCGCAACCUGACCUAAAAAUCAAACGAAGAAGAAGAGUCUCGCUUGUUUAGAGAGAUUUGACGUAAAGUGAAGAUUAUUCCCGAUCACAUGAAGCAUCAUCAUCGUUUAUUGAAUUCUUCAGGACAGUUUAUGAAUUAUGGUGCAGUCCUGCUCAGCGUACGGGUGCAAAAACCGAUAUCACAAAGAUAAAAACAUCUCAUUUCAUAAAUUCCCACUUGCCAGACCAGAUGUGUGUGACAAAUGGGUGACUGCCAUAAAGAGAAGAAACUUUAAACCUACGAAGUACAGCAGCAUCUGUUCGCAACACUUCACCAAAAACUCUUUUAGACAAGACUGCAACAAUCGCGUGCUGAAGGAUGAUGCUGUGCCGUCUCUCUUCAAACUACACGUACAGGCAAGAUCUCUGCGGGAAGACUUGAUCCUGGAUCUCCACCCCAACACGUUCAUCUUCUCUGACCACAACUACACUGUGGAGGACGCGGUCCAGCAGAAGAGACGCAUCACGCAGCUGGAGUCACAGCUGGAGAAACUGCGGAAGAACCUGAAGAGGGUGCAGCAGAAAUGUCGUCGUCAGGAGAGACAACUCAAACGUCUCAAAGCCAUGGGUGACUUUCAGAAGGCUGGAAAACAUCUCUCAUUAGAAGAAAACUAUGUUAUCUUGUCCAAAAAGAUGUAUGAUGUCCUGAAGGGAGUAGAACCUAUUGGAGAGCUGUGAGAGAACUCGACAAUGAUCUCAUAUCGACCCGCUUGAGGAUAUAUAAAGUGUUUUAAAAGUGGUCUGUACAUUAGGAUGCAUAAAACUCAACUUUGCUGCUGAGAUUUUUUGUGUAUUGAUCACGGAUCAUUGUGGUAAACAUGUGCGCUAGAUUCAGGAAAGAUUCAAGUCUUAUUGUUUAUGAACUUGCCGCUCUGGGAGAGAGUCUCACUUACUGAAGCCCUUACAAUUUUACAUGUAUAAUAAAAACUCUCCAAAACCAAAUGAGAAUGACGUGACCAAACGCUGAUCACGUGAUACUGACUCCAUGCUGCUAUAAUGGGGAACAUUUUAAUUGAUAGAGGAUGAUGAAAUCAGGUUCUCAUUAUUAGCAGAUUUGUUUGCAAAUUCAGAUCAGGGUUUAUUUCCCAGUUUAAAUGUGUGUUGUGUGUGUUCUGGUAUAUGUGGUUUACGAGGAAAAUAAUAAUGAAUAAUGAUGUAACACUUCCUGUGUCCUCGUUAACCAGAUGGGUUAAAACAUACUAGAUGGUAAUUUUAGAAUUUACACUUUGUAAAUGAUAAAAGUAGUUAUGUGUAAUGGGAGUUCCCAUAAAGCCUGUGCGGGCGUGCGUGCGAAAUGUAAUGUGCAAUGUAAAAGUUAUUUAAAAAAGUCUAUUUUUGAAUUAUCUUCUACUGGACCAAACUGAUAUUCAUUGAAAAUGCUUUCAUUAUAUAUUUAGAAAAUAUCAAUCUGUUUUGUGGAUGUAUUUUGUGCUAAUUUAUUGUUCAGACAAUAAUAAUUGUGGACACAAUGAACGUUUUAUAUAAGAAAUAAACAGUUGCCUUAUGUUCACAGAGCAAUA